AAAUUCACACUGCAAGCUCUGGGUACAAAGAAAAGCAAGAAUUGAGUGGGGGAGAAGCUGGCAGCCUCUGCUCAGCUCUCAUCUCUUGCUGAAAGCCAUAUGGGAAGCAGGGUCAUAGUAGAGCCUGGACAUCAAAUUGUUUCUAUUUUAUAGCCUCCAUUAGCAUCACUAAGAUAAAUACAAAUAACUCAGGAUAGUGAAACAAAAUUUUCAAUGAAGUCAUUUCAAGCAUUUGAACUUUCAGUGGGUGGAGUUUGGUGUUAGAGUUAAGGCAUUAACUUUAUUGUACUUGUACUGCCUGAUAGUUUCUCAGUCCAGAUACAUAAUCUCUCUUGUGUAGGCUUCAAAGUACAUUAAAAAGAAGUCGUAUGAAGCCUGGUGUCGUGAGACCUCAGCAUGGCCUUUGAGGACGUCCUCCAGUGGGCAGGAGACACAGGCUGCUUUCAGGUGCUGGCGGUGUCCCUUGGUGUACUGAUCGGUGUCAUGUCCUCCAGUUACGAGUUCUUGGAGAACUUCACAGCAGGCAUCCCCGAGCACCGCUGCUCUGUCCACCUUCUGGACAAUCCUAACCCUGAAGCCAACGUGACCUUGAACCUGACUGUGGAGGCCCUGCUCAGAGCUUCCAUCCCAAUGGAUCCAAACGGGAAACCUGAGCAGUGCCGUCGCUUCCGCCAGAUCCAGUGGCAGCUUUUAGACCCUAAUGCGUCAGCCGGCAAUAAUGCUGAGCUGGAGACAGAGCCAUGCCUGGAUGGAUGGACAUAUGACCAAAGUGUCUUCACUUCUACCAUUGUCUCUGAGUGGGACUUAGUAUGCAAUUAUCAAUCAUUCAAGUACUUGGCACAUUCCAUCACCCUGAUGGGCUAUCUGUUGGGCAUCACUGUAUCUGGCUUCACGUCUGACAGAUAUGGAAGGAAGCCCUUGCUGGUCUUCUCCUGCCUCGCCUGUGGUGUUCUGAGCAUCUGCUGUGGUUUUGUCCCCACCUUCUCCAUUUACUGUACCUUGAAAUUCCUCUCCUCUGCAUUUGUGAGUGUUAUUCAAACCAACCUCAUCAUCAUAGUUUUAGAAGUGACUGCUGCAAAUUGGAAGCCCGUGGUUGUUGCGUCACAGUUGUUGUCUGGGAAUGUCGGACACAUCUUCCUUGGAGGAUUAGCGUAUGCUUUCCGAGACUGGCGCAGGCUUCAGUGGGUCUUUGGCUCACCCUUCUUGAUUUUUUUUCUCUUCUCUUGUUGUUGCUUCACAGAGUCGAUUCGCUGGCUUUUGGUUACUGGAAAAACACAACAAGCUGCCAAAGAACUAAAAAAAAUUGCCUACAUCAAUGGAAAGAAAGAUGUUGUACAAAAUUUGACUACUGAGGCUUUGAUAUCUAAAAUGGGAGAAGUGACUGUACCCAGAAACCAUUUCCAAAUGAAACAGAUCAUUGUGAACCCAAUAAUAUUCAGGAUCAUACUCUGUGGGUUUAUUCUCUGGUUUUCUUCAGUUUUCAGCUCUUAUGGACAUAUACUGGACAUCCAAAGCUUGGGGCAAGACAUAUUCACAAGCCAGUUACUAAUGGGAACAGUGAAUUUUUUCAGCUCAUUGUCUGUGUUCUUUAUGAUAAGACAUGUUAAUCGUAAGCCUUCAUUAUUUCUUUUCGUUUUUCUGUUUGGAAGCUCUCACAUAGUCGCCAUAUUUGUGCCCAAAGAGAUGCACAUUCUGAGACUUGUUGUUUUUCUCAUGGGAAGAGCAACCAUUUCAAUCCUCAUGGGUAUAUUUACAGCUUUCUUUCUCGAACUCUCACCAACAAUAUUCAGGUCUACUAUGCUGAGCAUUUUCACUGUUGCUAUGAGACUAGGAGGGACAGUUUCUGCACUAGUUCUCAUGACAAAGCAGUACUUCAUUCACCUUCCUGGGAUUCUCUAUGGGGUGCUUCCCCUUGCUACCUCAGUCUGCAUCUUGUUUCUCCCAGAGACCUUUAAUCUGCCACUUGCUGACACCAUCAAAGACAUAGAGAACAGGUUUAGGAGCAAGACUACAAGAGAAAAACAGAGAAGAGAACUACUAAGGACCACUGAAUGCUAAGAAGACCCAAAGUAGACUAUAUAGACAUAUUGUGACAUAAUUUCAACCUAUUUCUAUGUUGACUGUAAUCUAGAUCCUUAAUCUUUGUGGAUAUUUACUAACAGUUAUUAAACAGAUGAAUUUCAGAAAAAAGUCUCAAUAAAAAAGCCAUAAUACAUAUUUAAAACUUAAUGACUAUUAGAUGACAAAUUCCACACAUAAAAAUGGAAAAGAAAUGAGUGCAAUAAAAUGUUUGCCCUAAAAAUAAACAUAAUUAAAAUUG